UUUUUUGUUUGAAAAGUCUGGAAUUCUUUCCAAUUGUUAUUUCAAUUUGGUUUUGAUACUUUUAGUGUUCUGUCGUUUUUUCAAAAUGUUUUUAUUUAUUUUUUCUUUGGACAAUUUCUAGUCUGUUGAUAAAUUGCAAUUUAAUAGAAUGACUUCAUCUGACGAGAGUUCAGAUAUUUUAACUUUUAUGCCACUAGGUUCUGGCCAAGAAGUUGGGCGUUCUUGCCAUUACAUGCAAUUCAAAGGCAAAAGGAUAAUGGGAAUGCAUGGUGUUGAUGCUCUUCCUUUUGUUGAUUUUAUUGACGUAGAAGAACUCGAUUUACUUUUAAUUACCCAUUUCCAUUUGGAUCAUUGUGGAGCUUUGCCUUGGCUUUUAGAAAAGACUGCCUUUCGUGGUCGUUGUUUUAUGACUCAUGCUACAAAAGCAAUUUAUAGAAUGAUGAUUGGUGAUUUUGUUACAAAAUAUGGAGGUGGUGGAACUGGAGAAACAAGGAUGCUUUACACAGAAGAGGAUUUGGAGAGAAGUAUGGACAAAAUUGAGAUGAUUGAUUUUCACGAACAAAAAGAAGUUAAUGGAAUUAAAUUUUGGUGCUAUGUUGCUGGACAUGUUUUAGGUGCUUGUAUGUUUAUGUUAGAAAUUGCUGGUGUACGUGUUCUGUAUACUGGUGAUUUUUCGAGAUUAGAGGAUAGACAUUUGUGUUCAGCAGAGGUGCCAAAUGUAUCACCUGAUGUGCUAAUCUCUGAAUCCACUUAUGGAACACAAAUUCACGAAAGUCGUGAUGAACGAGAAAGGCGAUUUACUUCAACUGUGCAUGAAAUUGUAGCAAGAGGUGGUCGUUGUUUAAUUCCAGCUUUUGCUUUAGGACGAGCACAGGAAUUGCUUUUAAUUUUAGAUGAAUAUUGGGAACAACAUCCAGAACUGCAUGAUAUUCCUGUUUAUUAUGCCAGUUCUUUAGCAAAAAAAUGUAUGGCAGUUUAUCAAACGUUUGUUAGUGGAAUGAAUCAACGGAUACAGAGACAAAUUUCUAUCAACAACCCUUUUGUGUUUAAACAUGUUUCUAAUUUGAAGGGUAUUGAUCAUUUUGAUGAUGUUGGUCCUUGUGUUAAUGGUUGUAUAAUUGCUGGUUAUUGUGUGGAAGGAACACUUGCUAAGCAUAUUCUCUCAGAGCCAGAAGAAAUUGUCGCUUUAAAUGGUCAACGAUUACCUAUGAGAUUACAAGUUGCUUAUAUCAGCUUUUCUGCUCAUACAGACUAUAUUCAAACAUCAGAAUUUAUUCGAGCUUUGCGUCCACCUAAUCUAAUUUUGGUGCAUGGAGAAAUGAAUGAAAUGAAUAGAUUAAAAGCAGCAAUACAGAGACAAUAUGAAGAUGAUACUGAUUUUCAAAUUGAGGUUUACAAUCCACGAAAUACUGAAUCAGUAAAUCUUUUCUUCCGAGGCCAAAAAACAGCAAAAGUUGUUGGAUCUUUAGCAAUGAAUAUACCAAAUGAUGGAAGUAUAAUGAGUGGAAUUCUUGUUCGUCGUAAUUUUAAUUAUCAUCUUUUACAUCCAAAUGAUUUAAAUGCAUAUACCGAAUUAUCCAAUUCUCGACUUAGUCAACGUGAAAGUGUUUUUUAUGAUGGAAGUUUUUCUGUUUUAAUUUAUAAUCUUCGACAACUAUCUUCUGAUACUAUAGUUGAAGAAAUAAUUAAAAAAGAAAAUGACGAUGAAGGUUGUGAAAAGAAAAGUUUAAAACAAGAAAAGAAAGGAGGAAGCAAUUCACAACAACAACAACCUUCACAUUUAGUGAAAAUGUUUAAGGGAGAAAUUCUCAUUUCCUUUUAUUCACCCCAACAUCUCGUUAUUAUUGAAUGGAUGUCAAAUCCAGUAAAUGAUAUGUUUGCAGAUGCUGUUCUUUCUGCUGUUUUACAUGCACAGACUAAUCCUAUACUUGAAAAACAUUUACCAAAAUGUGAAGAACAAGAUCAACAAGCACAACAAAAAAAUGUUGAAAAAGUUCUUUUGGGUGCAUUACACGAACUUUGUGGGCCUAAAAGUAAAGUGGAAUUAACAACAAUAUUAUCACAACAAAAAGAAACGGCUGAAGGAACUUCAAAUGAAACACAACAAAAUAAUUUAAAUUCAAUAAUAGAAUUACAAGUAGACGGAAAAUCAGCACAAAUAGACCCAAAAACAUUACAAAUAGCUAAUUGUUCAGAUCAAUUACUUCAUCACCUUUUAACUUCUAUAACACAAAAAAUGGCACAUACAGUUUUACCUAUUUAA